GCUCCGGGGCGCGAUGGCUAGUUUCUUCCUCAGCCUACCCUCCCUUUCUCUCUGUCUCUCAACCCAACGAGCGUCCUUCAGGCCUCCGCGGAUAAUGGACUGUACUUCGAUUAGCUUCUCCGGCCACCCCUUCCGCCGGAAAACAAGAGGCGAGACUGUUGUGACCAGUGCGGGUCCCAGCACCAGCAGCUACGUUUUCGCAUUCGCGCUCCCUCUCUCCCUCCUCGCCGCUACUAUAUUUACUGCUAUCAGAGUUGCUGAUAAGCUCGAAAGUGACUAUCUCGAAGAGCUUGCCAUCAAUCAAGCUAUAGAGGAAGCACAGGAGGAGGAUGACGAUGAUGAGCGUGAGGAUGAUGAUAAUUCUUUGGAAGAGGAAGAGGAAAAGCCAGAGCCAGAGCCAGAACCAGAGCCUGCGCUUCCACGCACUCGAAACCGUCCCAAACGGGAAGCUUAGGCAUCAAUACAGAAUCCUGUUAUUGUAUAAUUCUUUGUUCAAAGCUUAAAAACGCUUGUAAACUUGGGCAAAAAGGAGAAGAAAAAAACAAAAAGUUGAACUUGUUGACAGAACUAUGUGAAUAAAGUCUGGUAACAUUU